AUGAAGUUCUCCACCACCCUCGUCGCGACCUUCGCCUCGCUCUCCGUGGCCGCUCCCGCCCACAAGCGCCAGGUCGAUGACACCACCUCCGCCUCCGCCUCCACCGAUGCCAUCACCGACGUCCUCCCCGGCAUCACCGGCGAAGAGCCCGUCGAGGACACUUCUUCGUCCACCACCAUCUCUUCUGACGUCUCUGACGCCCUCGCCGCGGCCGACCCCUUCGACAUCUACCGCGUCCCCGCCGUGCCUCCCACCUUCCCCAUAGAGCAAAACGACUUCACCGGCAUCCAGGGUGUCCAGUCCAUCCAAGACGACGAUGACAUGGUCGACGCCGCCAUCUCCAACCUGUCCGGCACCAGCGAUGCUCCCAUCAUCCCUUUGAUGACCGGUACUCCCACCGUCGAUGCCGACGACGCCGACGCACUUUCCGCGCUGGACUUUGCGGAUGAGGAUGAGGAUGAGGAUGACAUCCCUCCUAUCCCUCUGUCCACCGGCACUGCAACCACCAGUCUCGACGGCGACGACGGAGUUUUGACUGUCGAUGAUGUUGUAGUUGACGAUGAGCAAGCGCAGGAGAUGAUUGAUGCCGCUAUUCGCUAUGCUCAACAACUCCCUGAUGUGCCUGUGCCGUUGAGCACCGACACCCCCAUUAUCUUUAUUGACCCGUACCUGGGUGACUUGAACUCCACCAUCUUCGGCAACACUUCCACCUCUGCCUCUGCCCUCGACUCCGAGAAUGGCACUGCCACCGCGGCUACCACCACCGCCGAUGGCACCGACCUCGUCGCGUCCCUCCAGGCUCUCAACGACGCCUUGGCAUCGUACCAAGACCUCAUGAACGCCUCCUCUCCUUCCACCACCACCACCACCCCCACCGACGCCCUCACUGGUAUCGUGACCGAUGCCAUCACCGACGCCGACAUGGCGGAGCAGGAGAACAGGAAGAUGAAGAAGACGAUGAAGAAGGUGCUGCGUCAAAGGGGCGGCAUGGGCAUGUUGUUUGCCAACAAGACGGAGAGUGCGGCGACGAGCAAGACGGUUAUGGAGAAGAUGGGUAAGGCGGUGUUGGAGAGGUAUGUUAACAUGGUUGGGGGGAACUAGAUCUCUUGAUCACUUAAUUUUGGCCAUAUUGGCAAGUGGAAUGCCCCUGGAUGGGAAAAUGGGGGAGGACUGGGGUGGUAAUUUGAAUACAAUGCUGGGGAAAAAGUGAUGUUGGAUGUCGUAAUGAAGCUUGAUUUUGUUAGAUACUAGAAAAGAAACCAUCAUGAACCUUUUUGGCGCCGCACUUCUGAAUAAAUUUCCAAGUGCUUUAGUUGUGUUGAUACGCAGCCUUUAAGUAUAUUCAAA